CACUCCUCCUUCGACUUAAACCGUCAGUGCUCAUCGCUCAGUCACCUUUCGCAACCGGCUACCAAAGAUUGAUCCAUGAAUUUUCCUUCGCCUUUAAUUUUUUAAUACCUCCUACCGCCGUUCAAGCCCUUCCUGCCCUCGUUUCAAAUUUUCCGGUUGGUAAGGGCAUUAGCAUCAUUACCCUGAGGAUUUCGACUCUUGUCGUCGUGCUCUGAUUCUUCACCGGCCCGUCAUGCUUCAAACGCAAACCCAGCACGUAUUUUCUCACCAGCAUCAGUACCCGCAGGCUGAUCCCUCCUGGUUGCAGCAUCAGCAACAGCAGCAGCAGCAACACCAUCAAGCCCAGCACCAUCCGCAUCAAGCCCAGCAGCAUUCUUCCUUGGUUGCCCAACAACAUGCCCAGGUUCAGGCCGCCGCAGCUGCCGCCGCCGCAGCUCAGCAGCAACACUACACCCGCAUUGCUAUGGCUAGCAAUGCUGGGGCAGGAAACUCCGCUCAGGGAGUAGGCGCUGGAGGGAUGGGCGGAGAUGGUGCUCUGCCUAGUGCGGUUUCGAUGAUGGAUGGUGGAAUUAGUGACGAGAACCGCAAGGUUUUUAUUUGGGUCGCGGAGCUUCUAGACCCGAAUCGCAGAGAGGCCGCUCUAAUGGAGCUCAGUAAGAAGAGAGAACAGGUGCCGGAGUUGGCACUGGUCAUUUGGCAUUCUUUCGGUGUCAUGACCGCUUUGCUCCAGGAAAUCAUUUCCGUAUAUCCGCUGCUGAACCCCUCACAACUAACCGCUGCGGCUUCAAAUCGGGUCUGCAACGCACUUGCUUUGCUGCAGUGCGUUGCAUCUCAUAAUGAAACCCGUACUCUAUUCCUGAACGCUCACAUACCUCUCUUUCUUUACCCUUUCCUCAAUACUACUUCAAAAUCCCGACCUUUUGAAUACCUCCGCCUCACCUCCUUGGGAGUUAUUGGAGCGUUAGUCAAGAACGAUUCCUCUGAUGUCAUCAACUUUCUUCUUACCACCGAAAUUAUUCCCCUCUGCCUCCGAAUUAUGGAGACUGGCUCCGAGUUGAGUAAAACGGUCGCUAUUUUCAUUGUACAGAAAAUCCUGUUGGAUGACAUUGGCCUCGCCUAUAUCUGUGCGACAUACGAGAGGUUCUAUGCUGUUGGAACCGUUUUGAGCAAUAUGGUCACUCAGCUUGUGGAGCAACAGACAGUGAGACUUCUUAAGCACGUUGUGCGCUGCUUCCUUCGAUUAAGCGACAACAGUCGCGCCCGCGAGGCCUUACGCCAGUGUCUCCCCGAACCUUUGAGAGAUGCCACCUUCUCCUCGGUUCUCCGCGAUGAUGCAGCCACAAAACGCUGUCUCGCCCAGCUCCUCAUUAACCUCUCGGAUAACGUCUCCGACGGCGCACCAGGUGUUGCGAUGUAAAAAGUUGAAAAGCAUUUGUUUUCUUUCAAUUUACUUGGUAUAUUUGAUACACUUAACGACAUGCAUGGGUUAGGCUCAGGCGAAAACGGAUUAUAAGGCGCAAAUUGUGGAAUGACAUUGCAACGACAAAAAGAAAACCAUUUAAACGAACCCCAAAAAAGCGAAAGAAAUUGAGCAAGAAACACCAGGAGCGAGAAGAGAUAAUACACUUGAAAUAAUGAACCAGAAUGGAGGUUUCAUCUGCAUACCGGGCUGGGGCUGGUUUCUUGUCCACUCUUAUUCAG